AUGCAGCCGUGGCGGGACCUCAUGCAGCGCAUCCGCGCGAUCGCGCCGGCCGACACGCCCGCUGCGUACCUGAAUGCUGUGCACACGUUCAACGAGGCCAACAUUGGCCACAAGUUGCCCGACCUCGUACUGCUGAUGACCAAUCUGCUGGCGGAAGACUUUGUCAAGAUGCAGAAGAGCCCGGUCACGUGGCCCUACUGGCUCGGCGCAGUUGUUCUGGGGGCCGUCGCUGUGGGGUGUGCCGUCGCGACGACCGCUAGUGCCGCCGAGGUGGCUGGAGCCCUCGUCGGCGCCGCUGCGGCACAGUUCAGAUCGACGAAGUCGGCGGGGCCAUCCUUCGGGCAACUCUUUGGAUCGCUCAUCGCCUUGAUUGCAGGCGGCUUUGGCAGCUACGGCGCCUCGUGGAGCGCGCUUGCGAUCCAUCUCAAGACCGAAUCCUUUCGCACCGCGUCAAGCGCCUACUCGGACCAGCUCAAGAAGAUGGCAUCCUCCAUGGGCCUGCAUGACGCACCGCCGACGACGCGGCUCUUGGAGACGCAGCUGGCGGCAGUCGAGCUGCCCAACGAUGCGAAGCAACGGCCGCUCUUCGCCGCCUUCUCGAAGGUGAUGCAGACGCUCGUUCGACUCGAAGAGGCGUGUAAAGCCAUCGUCUUUAUCGUGCUCAACGGCGACCAGCACGUCGGCAAGUCGUGGUUCAUUCGAGCGCUCAACAGCACGCGACAGGAGGCCCGCGAGUCGACGACCUCGCCAAGUUUCUUGCGCUACGCGCCAAUGGCCGACGACCCGACCCGUAAGGUCUACCUCAUCGACAUACCUGGCAACAACACGUUGAACGAAGUCCAGGCGCAGUACACGGCCGGCCUCCACGGCGUUGGCACCAUUGGCAUUAGCCUCCUCCAGUUUGACAAGACGCCGCACGUGUUGCCCGCGGCGGCCAUCCGCAGCGCGUUUAAUGGCUGUGACUGCGUCCUCCUCUGCCUCAACAAGGUCGCGGGGCUGGGCCUCGACCUCGCGACCGAGCUCGAAGAGGGCGAGUCGCUCGUGAUCCCACCCAUCGUCGAGACGUGGCAGCAGCAGUUGGAGCUCAACGGCAUCGACUUCUCGAGCGGCAAGUUUUACCUCAUGGCGACCGAAAUGCACGGCUCCAGCAAGGCAGAGACCUCGAAGAUGACUGCGCGCCAGCGCAGCCGGUUGAAGGAGGACAUCGAAGACAACCUGGAAGCGGUCCGCGUCAACGGCGGCCAAACCACAAUUGACGUCGUCAACUGGAUCCGCGACCAGGUCGACCGCAUCAUUCAGUCCCGCUCGUCGUCGUAG